CGCAAACUUAAGGUUUGUAAACACUUCAUUCCAGUAUUUGACUUGAUACCAGUCCAGUGUUGAAUCGUCGGCAAUUAUGAGGGGAAUUAUGUUAAGUUUAGCACUAUGUUUAGUUCCAUUUUUUGGAUUGAGCGAGAGCCUCACGUAUAGACUGGACCCAGAAAGUGAGGCUCUAUUCACAGUUAGUGACAAUUUCUUGAGUGUGGCUUACGAUACGUGGCUUUUGUAUGCUGCAGAUUUCUCCAAUCCCCAAUUCCUACAGCUGGUUAAGCUUCUUUCCCCCAUGUACUUUCGAAUCGGAGGUACCACAGCUGAUAUUGUGAUUUUUGUCGAUGAUUCCAAUACGGAACAAGUGCACAUUAGAGACGAUGACGUUAUUAUCUUAACAGCUUCCUACUGGUUGGAACUGACCGAAUUUGCCAAAAAAGCGGGUGUGAGAAUACUGUUUGAUUUGAACUCGUUAACAAGAAACGAGGAUGGUUCAUGGAAUUCGGAAAACGCUGAGCAACUUAUACGGUUUUCUCGGGAAAAUGAUAUUGAUCUCGACUGGGAACUAGGAAAUGAGCCCGAUAUUUACUAUCUUACCUUCAACACAUCUGUAAGCGCUAAUCAACUGGCUCAAGACUACAAUAAAUUGCGCGCCCUCCUAGAUCAAUAUGAGUAUGAUUCCUCUUAUGUGGUGGGACCCAGUAUGUUUGACGUGGGAAAUGGCGAGGGAACUAAGGCAUAUUUGAGGGAGUUUUUGAGUGGCGCCUCUUCCUCAAUUUACGCGGUUUCCUGGCACCAGUAUUACUUCAGCGGCUUGACUGCAACUGAAGCCGACUUCCUCAACACGGAUUAUUUCAACUUCCUCGAAGAGCGCACUAAAGUAGUUACCGGCAUAGUUGGAAGCUCCAACAAAGUCUGGCUGGCGGAAACUUCCUCAUGCAACAACAGGGGCGCCGAAGGUAAGUCCGAUCGAUUCCUGGCCUCGUUCCUCUGGCUGGACAAGCUGGGACUUACCGCUAAACUUGGGGUGGAUCUGCUGGUUAGGCAAACCAUCUGGGGUUACAACUAUCCAUUAUUGAACAACGAAUAUGGUCCGAAUUCGGAUUGGUGGAUAAGCAUUUUGCACAAGAAGGUGGUUGGAAGUACCGUCAUCCCUCUUACUAACGAUGGGGAAGAUUCCAGGCCUGUAAGGCUGUAUGCGCAAUGCGCUAAGUCAGACUCUCUGUGGGGCGAUGAAGCUGUAGUAGUUUUCGGACUCAAUCUAGCAGAUUCUCCGCAGACCUUCACUCUAUCUGGUAUUGGAGCUUCCGAUGUCGACGUCAGCAUUGGCUAUUUGUUUGAAUUGACUCCCGAAACCGAUCUCUAUUCGAACAACGUUCGGUUGAAUGGCGAAGUCUUGAGUCUUACUGAAGAUCUGGAGCUGCCCGACUUAACACCAAAGUUGAUUGAAUUGAACGAGGAAUUUACGAUGCCUGCCCAUUCUUUGGCUUUCUGGAUUUUCCCCAAUGCAAAUUUUAGGGCUUGCAGCUAGACAGUAACUUUUUUACGCAAAUAAACAGUAUUUUUUUAA